UUGCACUGCAGUAUCAGACUGGUAUCUCUUGUUCUACAUUGGGGAUUCUUUUUCCCCUCUCGAGGUUGCACACAUGCACAUAUUUCACACCCAGCAGCAGCAGCAGCAGCAGCAGCGGCAGCAGAGUCUGGCUGCGUUUUGCAUGCGCCGAUGGAUUACCGCUACUUUAAGGACGGGGCUCCCUGCCCACUGAAGGAGAAAAGAUGCUGAUUUAAGAAGAACAGGAGACACCCUUUGUUUUUAAAGCAGAAGACGAGCAACUUCAGGAUUAAAAGAGAGACUUGUCUGGCAGGAUGACGGCUACGCUGAGCUGAAACCGCCUCCCCCUCCUCCUCCCUCCCCCCCCUCCAGUCCAAACAUGAACUCUUCCUCCGAUGCCAACCAAAGCGGCUCUCCCCCGUUCUGCCUGCUGGGCACCGUGGGUUACUCCCACAGCCUGGAUACCUGCGUGCUGGAGGUGGUCGUCAUCCUCUUCCUCACCGUGCUCAUCAUCGCCGGAAACCUGGUGGUAAUCUUUGUCUUCCACUGCGCCCCGCUGCUGCACCACCACACCACCAGCCACUUCAUCCAGACCAUGGCCUACGCUGACCUGCUGGUGGGCGUCAGCUGCCUGGUGCCCUCGCUGUCCCUCCUCCACUACCUCCGAGGCCUGAACGAGGAGCUCACCUGCAAGGCGUUUGGCUACAUGGUCUCCGUGCUGAAGAGCGUCUCCAUGGCCUCGCUAGCAUGCAUCAGCGUCGAUCGCUACAUCGCCAUCACCCGCCCGCUGUCGUACGCCACGCUGGUGACGCCGUGCCGGCUGAGGGUGUGCAUCGUCCUCAUCUGGGUUUACUCGGCUCUGAUCUUCCUGCCGUCCUUCUUCGGCUGGGGGAAGCCGGGUUAUCACGGGGACAUUUUUCAGUGGUGCGCCGACUCCUGGAAGACCAACCCGGGGUUCAGCACCUUCAUCGUUGGACUUCUGUACGCACCGGCGGCUCUGACCGUCUGCUUCACCUACGGAAGUAUAUUCCGGAUCUGCAGGCAGCACACGAGGGAGAUCACCCAACGCCACGCCCGCUUCAGCUCGCAGACGGAGGGCGAUAAAGGCGAGCGAUGCGAAGGCUGCCCGGACAAACGCUACGCCAUGGUGCUGUUCCGCAUCACCAGCGUCUUCUACGUGUUGUGGAUGCCCUACAUCCUCUACUUCCUCCUGGAGAGCGCCGGCCUCUACCACCACAAGGUGGCGUCAUUCCUCACAACAUGGCUGGCCAUUAGCAACAGCUUCUGUAACUGUCUCAUCUACAGCCUCUCCAACAGCGUCUUCCGGAAGGGUCUCGGUCGCCUCUUCAGUCCGUUGUUUCCUUCCUGCCUUGGCUGCACGGACGCCAAAAAGGCUCCGGCCCCCGUCAGCCCGCGACCAGACCCUCGAUGCCAAGUAUGAGCCCCGACGCCAACGGAUUUGAUUUGGUCACUUUUAAAGGCAUCGGCCCCUCUGUGCGUGCUUCGCUCUAAGCUGCGUAGCAUGACACAGGUCUUUUUGGUCCCGCAGUAAGAUGUGUUGAGGACCCCCCUGCCCGGAGCACAGAGAGGUGCCCGAGCAGACGCCUGUCGGUCGUCUCAGAGGCUGAUUUUGUGGGGAAAAAGGAGGCUGUGAAGUUCCUUCUGGGUCUUUGACGAAUGUUCUUCGGUGUGGUGCGACGCUGCACGGAUCACAAGCUGAUGACACGGAGAAAAAGGAAGUCGGUUUGAUGAUGAAAGUGGACUGAAGGAAUAAGAUUGUGUCAGUUGAGAGGGUUUAAUAAACACUCCUGCCUGCACUGACUUAAAACUCCCAGAUGCAAAAAAAAAAACAAAACCAUGGAGAGCACAUAGCGCGACUUGUGUUGUGUGCUCCACUGAAAUGCAAAAAAAAAAAUGUUUUAAAUCUUUUCAUGCCUGACUGAAAAAUUAACACAUUGUCUUGGUUCUUUCAGGGUAGAGUUAGGUGAUGCAAAAAAAAACAAAAAACGUUGAACACACUUGAAACAGACUCCUGAUCUGUUUCCCUUUGGGAACUCCAGAUGCUAAUGAGUGUAUGAAGAAUAUUUCACCAACAUCUGAUAAUCUUCCCGUGUGUGUGUGUGUGAGAGUUAAAAUGUGUUUCGGAUGGACUUUAAGCUCAUUUCCCAGAGAAAAGACUGAGGUUUAUUUAGAAGCUUUUAGAAGCUCAUGAGUGUUUCUAUUUAAAAGGAUUCCUCUCUUUUGAAGAUGGGUGUUAGUUUGGAGCUCCAAGUAUGUUUACACAGUCUCGGGUUUCACAUGAAAAUGUUGAUUUAAGAAUUAGCUUUACUUUCUAAGAUGGCUGCUGGUCCAAGAGCGUUGCCGGUAAGUUUUUUUCCUGCCAGCAGACAGUUGGCGUAUCCUUGUCAGACAGACAUUAAAUUGUAUUUAUUUAGAGAGUUUUAUUCUCUAUUUGAGUUUCCUCCUCAGGUUUAUCAGCAGUUCUUUGUUAAGCCUCCGGGCUGUUUGCCUUUGAUCUCAGCUGAAACAGUACAUCACUAUUAAAUCACAAGCCACGUUAACGUCGUAAGAUAAUCACCUCCUGACUCGUCGUGCGGUCAGCGCCAGCGUUGAUAAUGAAUCCGCUGUCUGCCGGGAUCCACAUGGCCUCGAUGCAAAGACUAACUUCAUUGUAAUCUGUAACUUUUAAUGCACGUGUCUCUCUGUUUCACCCCUCCAGCAGCUAAUUGCAUUCAGAUCAGUGAACAAAGUGGAAGAGAAGAGGGAGCGACCUCGUAAGAGUGUGAGAGGAGCGACAGAUGCACCAGCUGCUGUCAGGGGCAUCGAACCUGCUGCCUCCUCUACGCUCUUAUUUAUAAUAACAUUUUUCUAUGUGACAGUAUGUGUUAUGUAUACAGUAUCUGCUAUGAAAAUGUAAUAUCCCGCAAAGUAUUGAGAUGUUUGAUCCACGCUUGAUUCAUUGUAAAAGAUUCUCCACCGACAGACUUUUCCUGCAUGAUUUUCUGGAUCAAUGUUUCUCUCUCAUGAUGCUACUGAGAGCAAUUUACUGACUACUCCCUGUCUUAAGUAUCCUUAACUACUGUUGUGCAACACAUGUUUUGUGAGUUCCUGUUUGCUACUGUUCAUGCCAGAAAACAAGGAUGACCUGCGGGAAACCUUCUGACUUGUCUCGCCAGCAUGUGAUCUGACAACGUUACUCUGAAAAAAUGUGCUGCAGAUGACUGAUUAUUGUAAAUAGGGAGGUGUAAUCGUCUGAUUAAAAUGAGAUGUUCUUGA